AUGGAUACGGUAAAUCUCGACGAUAUUCUGAAGCACAAGAACGCACCUAAUUUAUUCUUAAAAAAUGAUCGAAUUAAUCAAAUUUUAAGUUUGAUUAGCAAGGUCAAUGGAUUAAAAUAUGCACUCAUUUGCCUGGGAUUAACUCUCAUUUUUUCAAUUUACUUGGUAUUUGGUUGGGGUAAUGAUUUCAUCUGUAACUUAUCUACAACUAUUCUGCCUGUAUUUACUUCAAUAUCAGCUGUUAAAUCAACAGAACCAUAUGAUACUAAAUCAUUGUUGAUCUAUUGGAUUGUUUAUGCAAUACUCGGCUGCUUUGAGUAUUUGGCCUGUAGUUUAUGUAAUUCAUUACGUAUUUAUUGGCUUGUUAAAUUUAUAUUUCUCACUUGGUUUUACAUAUCUGGUGCCGCUAAGGUUAAUAAACUUAUUCAACUUGAUGGUAUUCUCAAGGAUCUUGAAAAAAAAAAUGAAGAAGAAAAUCAAAAUGUAGAAGAAGUCGAAAAACAGCAAGAAGAAGAAGAAGAAGAAGAAGAGGAGGAAGAAGAAGAACAAAAAGCGAACGACGAUGAACCAACUGUCGAACUUACUAUAGAACAAAUUAUUGCUCAAAAUGGUGAUUCUCCAACGCUAAACUUACAAAUGAGAGGAUUAACUAAUGAAGACAUGAAAAUUAUUGGCAAUACAUUAAAAAAUAAUAAGACGGUGACUAAACUCGAUCUUGUAUGCAAUUCGUUUGAGAGCGAAGGAAUUCAAUAUCUGGCUGAUGGUUUAAGCAAUAACACAACAGUCACCGAACUCGAACUUGGUAAUACUGGUAUUUCAGAUGACGGUAUCAAACAUCUAGCAGAUGCUUUAAAAAUUAAUACAACACUUACUACAAUUGGACUUUUUAAUAACAAAAUUGGUAUUGAAGGUGCACGACAUUUAGCUGAUGCUUUGAAAAAUAAUACAACUCUCGAAAAGAUCGAUCUCGGAAUGAAUCAGAUUGGAGCAGAAGGAGCUCAGCAUUUUGGCGAUGCGUUAAAAAAUAACACAGGACUCACAGAAUUUCACAUUCAAGCCAAUGAAAUAGGAGACAAAGGAGCCAAAUAUCUGAUUGAUGCUUUACUAAAUAAUAAGACACUCAAAGUAUUAGGUAUUUUCAGCAAUGAAAUCACAGGUGAAGGAUUCAUAAAUUUGGCUGAUGUACUACAAAAAAAUACAACACUCAUUGAACUUCCUCUUCGCAGCAAUCCACUUGGAGUGAAAGGGAUGCAAUAUCUUGCGGAUGUUUUACAAUAUAAAACGGCACUUACAACACUUGAACUAAGCUCCUGCAAUAUUUCGGAUGAAGUAAUUCAAUAUUUGGCUGAUGGUUUACGAAAGAAUACAACAAUCACCAACCUCGAUCUUGGAUGGAAUGAAUUCGGAGACAAAGGAUUUCAAUAUCUAUUUGAAGCUUUACGUUAUAACACGACACUCACAACACUCAACUUAGCAUCGAAUAAAAUGGACACCGAAGGCUUCCAAAGUCUUGCCGAUUGUUUAAAAGAUAAUACGACACUCACCACACUCGAGCUUCCAUCUAGUGGAAUCUCAUCGGAAGGAGCUCGUCAUUUAGUUGAAAUCUUACGAAAUAAUACGGGACUCACUACACUUAACAUUCAAGGUAACUACCUAAUGUUCAGCGAAGGAGCGAAAUAUGUGGCCGAUGCUUUGCGAAUUAAUAAGACACUCACUACGCUCAACUUUGAAAGCUGUGGAAUUGGAUAUGAAGGAGUUCAAUAUGUUGCUGACGCAUUACGAGAUAAUGCGACACUGACCUCAAUUGAUCUUGGUGGAAAUGGACUUGAGUCCAAAGGGACUCAGUAUUUGGCUGAUACUUUACGGAAUAACAAUACGCUGGCAACACUCAACAUCCAAUCGAAUCGAAUUAGUGCUAAAGGAGUUCAACAUCUCGCUGAUGCUUUACAAAGCAACACGGGACUCACUACACUCAAUCUUAAAAGUAAUAGAAUAAAAAACACAGGAACUCAAUAUUUAGCUGAUGCUUUACGAAAUAACAAAACGCUCACUACACUUGAUAUCGGAGAUAAUGAAAUUAAAGGAAAAGGUGUUCAAUAUCUUGCUGAUGCUCUACAAAGCAACACAAGGGGCAAUAGUUCAUUAAAAUAUGCUUUAUUUAUGAAUAGCCUCGAGGAGGAAUCUUGUCGAGGAUUGGGUACUCUCCUUCGUGGAACUUGUAAAGAAUUCAUGACCAGUGCAUAUCAUGUUACUAUCGUUGAUUCAUCAGGUAAUCGUAAUUUUAUGAAGAAUAUGAUUACAGGUAAUUCACAGGCUGAUUGUGCACUUUUGGUAGUAUCAGCUAGUUCGAAUGAAUUUGAAGUUGAUGUAUCGAACGAAGGUCAAACACUUCAGCAUAUUCUAUUGGCAUACACUCUAGGUAUUAAACAACUGAUCAUCAUUGUCAAUAAGAUGGAUAUAACAGAGCCACCUUUUUCCGAAACACGUUUCAAUCAAAUCAAAAGUGAACUAACAACUUAUUUAACGAAUAUUGGUUAUCCAUCAGAAACUGUACCUUAUAUUCCACUAUCAGCAUUGCAUGGUGACAAUCUUAUUGACGCAUCAGAACGUAUGCCUUGGUAUCAAGGUUGGUCAAUUGAUUGCAAAGAUAGUUGUGUUACAGGUAAGACACUGCUAGAAGCAUUUGAUGCUAUCAUUCCUCCACAACUUCCAAUUGCAAAACCACUUCGACUACCAAUUCAUGAUGUCUACAAAAUUCCUGGGACUGGUACAGUAAUCGUAGGGCGUAUUGAAACUGGUGUGCUCAAAUCGAAUAUGACAGUAAAUAUUGCUCCAUUAAAUUUAACAACUGUAGUCAAAUCCAUUGAGAUGUAUCAUGAUGCUAUGGAAGAAGCUCAUCCGGGAGACAAUAUUGGCUUUAGCGUUCAAGGUAUUAGUACUCGAGAACUUCGACGUGGAUUUGUUUGUUCAGAUGUAACAAAUGAUCCAGCAUGGGAAGCUGCAAGUUUUACUGCUCUAAUUGUUUUCCUUAAUCAUCCUAAUCAAAUCUGUUCUGGUUAUACAGCGAUAGUUGAUUGUCAUACUGCUCAUGUUGCGUGUAGAUUUGUUGAAUUUAUAUCAAAGACCUGUCGUCGGACAGGUAGAGUUAUUGAAGAAACUCCAAAAUGCUUUAAAUCAGGUGAAUCUGGUAUUGUUAAACUGAUCCCACUAAAACCAAUAUGCGUUGAAAAAUUUGUUGAUUAUCCAGCAUUGGGUCGUUUUGCUAUUCGUGAAAUGCGUGGAAAUAUAGCUGUCGGCAUUAUUAUAGAAGUCGAAAGGAGAGCAUCUCUUGGUGGUGAAAUGAUCGUAAAGACUAGUUCCGCCACCACCAAAAAAGAUAAUACAUAA